AAUAAGUAAAGAGGAAGAGACACGCAUUUUUUGACAAGUUGUGCUGUAUCCGAAAACGUCAAUCCCCGGUUUUCCACGUAAAUACCUCAAAAUUUUAUCAAUUUUACCCAAUAUUUAAGUUAAAGCCAAACGCCCGAGAUUGUGCAGAAGACGCCACAAAUCGCACAUACUAUGUGGAUAAAGAUCGAGAGUGUUAUUCUCACGCUCACAGUUGUUGAUAUAUUUGGUGGUUAUGUGUGGUCAGAGAUACCACGACUGAGAGGUGUCUCAAUCUCAAGGGCCAGCCUCUAUCCCACCUCCGGAGACACCUUCGUCUGCCUGGAUGGACUGAAGACCAUCAAGUACAGCCAAAUCAACGAUGACUUCUGCGAUUGUGCUGACAGCAGCGAUGAACCGGGCACAGCAGCGUGUCCGGAUGGGAAAUUUCACUGCACAAAUGCCGGUCACAAACCCAAGACGAUACCCAGUUCCAGGGUGAAUGAUGGAAUCUGUGACUGCUGUGAUGCAUCAGAUGAAUACAAUUCCAGCGCCAAGUGCAUCAAUAACUGUAGUGAAUUGGGGAAGGAGGAUCGUCUGAGAGAGAAGCAAAAGGCUGAGCUGGCCAAGAUGGGCAGUCAGAUGCGUGCCGAAAUGGUGCGAAAGGGCAAAGCUCUCAAGGAAGAGCACAAAGCUCGUCUGGCUGAGCUCGAGAGAUCUCGAGCUGAGGCAGAGUCUCUCAAAGAAGAACGCGAAAAGAUCAAGCAGGAUGCUGAGGAGCUAGAAAACGCUGCCCUCCAAGUCUAUCGAGAUGUAGCUGAAGCGGAGAAACGAGAAAGAGAGGCAGAGGAAGCAGCUAAGAAUAGACAGGAAGCUGAAGAGACUUUCAAGAAGUACGAUUCCAAUCAAGAUGGAGUGAUUGAAAUCGCUGAGCUCCAGACACGGAUUGUCUUUGAUCGCAAUCGCGAUGGACAAGUCAGCGUGGAAGAGGCAAAGUUCUUCCUCGAAGAAUACGAUAAGAUUGACCUGGAAACUUUUGUGACACUCGCCUGGCCACGAAUUAAGCCUUUCCUCAUGCUGGAUUCGGGGCUGUUCAAGCCACCAGCGACUGAGGAAGAGGAUCACGGUGAGGAGGAACAAUUCGGCCAGGAAGGAGAAGUGCCAGCUGGAGAAGAAGAAGAAUUUACUGAGGAAGGUGAAGAGGAUGAGGAGGAAACCGGCGAAGGAGAGGUGGAGCCAAUUGAUGAUGGAGUGGAUGAAGAUGUUGAGGAGAGUACACCUCAAGCACCAGAAUACGAUCCGGAGACACAGAAGCUCAUAGAGAUGGCCAAUGAGGCGAGGAAUCAGUUCUCAGUGGCUGAUCGGGAACUCAGGGAAAUUGACAGUGAACUGCAAAAUUUGAAGGAUGCCAUGGAGAAGGAUUAUGGGCUUGAGGAUGAAUUUGCUCCACUGAAUGGGGAGUGUUUCAACUACGAGGAUCGGGAAUAUGUAUACAAACUCUGCCUCUUCGAUCGAGCUAGCCAGCAACCACGUUCCGGAGGAGCAGAAACGAGAUUGGGCACGUGGGAUAGAUGGACAGGGAAGCCGAAUCCCUAUUCCACAAUGUUGUACGCCAACGGGGCAUCGUGCUGGAAUGGCCCCCAGAGAUCCGCCACGGUUCACGUGGAAUGCGGCCUUGACACGAGAAUCACGGGAGUGUCGGAGCCAAAUCGCUGUGAGUAUGUUUACCUCCUGGAGACACCAGCUGCCUGCAGCCUGCCCACCACUGGGAAAGACCCGUCCGACCGAGCGGAUGCCCACGAUGAAUUGUAGAGAGAUUCCACACACAACAUUUCAGUGAUAUUUUCUCAUCAUUAGAAACAUCAACGGAAGUUCAUGAAAUUAGAAUUCGCGAGACACAUGAAAAGGGCUUCUUGGGCAUCAAUUUUUGGGUCACAAAGAAGCUGAGUAAAAGAUUCACUAGUUAAAAAAGAAAUAAAGUCAUUCCUUUUUGUGUGGUUUCUCCUUUCCAUCCUUUUUUUUCAUGUAUAAAUGAUGGAGGUGAAUAAAGAUUAUUGAUAGAA